AUGGGGGCUCAGAAGACAGCAGGCACCUGGUAUCUCUCAAAGACCAGCCUCGGGGGUUGGCUUCCUGGGCCUAGUUCUCAAUUGAGAAAAGCCUGCAGCCUUCAUCCUCUCCUCCCCUCUGGGUGGAGCAAGCUCCAUGAUCCCAGAUUCACACAAAGACCUGUUCAAGGAUUUCCCCCACCCCAGGCCCACCUCCCCCAGCCCGUGUUCUCGAGUCACUCCCAGACAGGCCCUGCAGAAUGGGCCCUGGCCCCGGAACCAGAGCUGGCAAGCAGAACAAGCUACAUAAUGUAUGGGUCCCAAGUGAAGCGAAAAUAUAAGACCUCUUUUUCAAAAAGUAUUGAGAAUGUCAAGACAACAACAACAAAAACAAAAAUGAAAAUAAAAUAA